CUACUCCUGCGUUACCCUCCACCAUCUUUACAUCCCAUGUCAAUCCGCUGCCAACGCAACGCAAUUUUGUAUAAUUUAUAUAACCCUAAUUGAGAAUCUCUAUAUAUUAUUAUUAUUGAGGUUCACGGUCUAGUCCUGCUGGCUAAAGUAACAACACCUUUACCAUUGAGUACUUAGAGGUGCUGAAGCUGUGACUGACUUUGAGUGACUGUGAGCUGGGAGACCUCAGUGUGAGUAGCGAGCGGCUGCUGGCAACUGUGAGCCAUAAGUUCUUAAACUGAAAAUUUCAGUUCAUGUUAUUUCAGUAGCUCGGUGAGAAUCGACUCGCGAGGUUUAUUCGUUUAUUCAUUCCGCGUAGUUCUAAGUAAACCGGUACGCCUUUGUGCAUUAUAAAAAGUGGUGGUCUUGUCAAAGGAUCUACAAUUUUUUCGGCAUUCAUUCAGAGUUUUAUUACAAAGAGAAGCACAAGUUACAAUUUUCUCUGUAAAGAUCUUUGAAAGACAGUGGUAUUAGUGAUAUACCGUUUCUGAAGUUUUCUAACGAGGCCGGAUUCUGUCACGGUUUCGGAACAAUGCAAACGAACGGUUCAGAAAAUAUGGAGAAUGGUGUUGAUAAAACAGGAUGGACGGUUGGUUUAAUUAAUGGCAAAUUCAAAUAUCUGACAGCCGAAACUUUUGGCUUUAAAAUCAAUGCCAAUGGUGCAAGUUUAAAAAAGAAACAACUUUGGACUUUGGAAGGCAGCGAGCAUCAAGUUUAUCUUCGUUCCCAUCUGGAUCGUUACUUGGCUGUUGAUCAAUUUGGCAAUGUUACGUGCGAAUCUGAAGAUCAUUCGGAUCCAGGAUGCCCCUUUCAAAUAAUGCUUGCAACAGAUGGGAGUGGAAGAUGGGCAUUAAAAAAUGUGCAGAGAGGUUACUUCUUAGGAUCAAGCCAAGAUGAAUUAAAAUGCACUGCAAAGGCUCCAGGUGAAGCUGAAUACUGGCUUGUGCAUCUUGCUGCAAGACCACAGGUUAAUUUGAGGUCAGCUGGACGAAAGCGUUUCGCUCAUUUGAGUGCAAUGCAAGAUGAAAUUCACGUAGAUGCUCCUGUACCAUGGGGAGAAGACACUCUUUUCACACUAGAAUUCCGCCCAACGGCGUCAGCUGAUGCCGAUGGUGAUCGUACCAAAUCCGUAGGAGGACAUUACGCUCUUCACACUUGCAAUAACAAAUAUCUUGCUCGAGACGGAAAACUUCUCGAUACAUGCACUCGCGACUGUCUUUAUGCUGCAGAGUUUCACGCUGGUCUACUUGCUCUUAGGGAUAUUCAUGGAGCAUAUUUGGCACCGAUUGGAAGUAAAGCCGUCCUAAAGACACGUUCGACAACUGUGACACGUGAUGAACUUUUUUCUCUAGAGGAAUCUUUGCCCCAAGCUUCAUUCGUUGCGGCUCUCAAUCAGCGUUAUGUUUCCGUCAAACAAGGUGUUGACGUAACAGCAAAUCAAGAUGAAAUUUCUGGUCAUGAAACUUUCCAACUUGAGUUUGAUCGAGUUACUAAAAGAUGGUACAUCCGUACAAUGCAAGAUCGUUAUUGGAGCUUGGAAGCUGGCAGCGGUAUUCAAGCCUCUGAUCACAAACGCUCCUCAAAUGCUCUCUUCGAUUUGGUCUGGCAACAUGAAGAUGGAACAGUUGCACUUCGUGCCAACAAUGGAAAGUUUUUGGGCACCAAACGUUCUGGACAUUUGUACGCCAAUGCUGACUCAAUCAGUAAUGGCGACUCGGACGUUUGCAAUUAUUACUUUUACCUCAUGAACAGACCUGUUUUGGUUCUUCGUUGCGAGCAAGGUUUCGUUGGACCCAAAAGUGCUGCUAGUCCAAAAUUAGAGUGCAAUAAAGCUAGUUAUGAAACAAUUAGAGUUGAACGCUGCGAACGUGGAGUUGUUAGAUUCAAAGGUCAAAAUGGCAAGUACUGGCAUGCAGAUGGUGAAGGCGUUACGGUGGAUUCUGAUAUGCCUUCUGAAGGAUUUUAUUUGGAGUUACGAGAGCCAUCGCGUAUAUGUAUAAAGUGUACAGAUGGACGGUACUUGACAGCCGGAAAGAAUGGAGCUUUGCGUCUUGGAGAAUCAGAUUACGCGUCAGCAACAAAAUGGGAAUUUUAACAUGUAUCGCAUUACAUAUUGCCACACACCUAUUACCUCUUUUUCUAAGCAAAAUCGCGCCCAGUGAAGGAUACGAUGAAAUUAAAUACUGAUUAAAUGGCACUGACGAUUUUUAUGAAUACACCAUUCAAAUUGCUAAUCGGUAAUAUUGUACUGAGAACGUUAAACUUAAAAAAAAACAAAAACUGAUGAUCUUUCCUGGAUUCCUAUUUAUAGACGAUUUCUAUCGACCUCGAAAUCAGACUGCGAUUCAUUCCAAUUUUUAAUGCAUUUUUACUAUUUAUAUAUAGUAAGGAAAGCGUCAUGUCAGUCUCAAUACAUUGCAAUCACACAUAUACUGACUGACAUGCGGCUUCAUUUGACUGUAUACGCGCAUUUUGUACCAAAUAGAUGUUACGUAACUGUAAGGUUAAGAAAUACGUUUUUACAACAACGAUAAAAGUCACCAAAUAUUAAAUAUUACAUUUUGUGACUGACAAAAUUUUUAUAACAAUUUUUAUACAUUAUUAAUAUGGUUUUUAUAUGAAUUUCAUUUGUCAUACAUAUGGAUGGUUCAUCAUGUUUUUUUUAAAAACUAUUUUACUGUAACGAAUUCAAAACUGAUUUCUGUAUUCACAAGUAAAAAGUCAUUUUUAUUCAUAUAUCGUUAUAAUUUUGCUUUAAAAGCUUUCUAAAGAGCCAUUUACAUGACAGAAAUCAGUAUUUUUUUUAGGUAAUUAGUAUAAUAUUUAUUGACAUUUUUGUAAAAUUGAGAGACUUCACUAUAAAUUAAAUAUUUAUAUUUUAUGGUUAAAUAAAGUCUAGUAGUAUUAUUUUAGAACACAAAUGUCAUGAAUAUGAAGAAGAAGAUUGAAAAUCGUUGAGAAAUUAUUUAAAAAAUCAGUAUUAAUUGCGUUAGAACGUGGGGAAUCAUCCAUAUUUUUUUAUCACAUUUAUUCUAAAUGUUAUACCUGACAAAUUUUCAUUUUAUUUGUUUAUUUGACUAUUCAAGUGUUCAUAUAAUGCACUUUAAGGUCAUAAAAUUAAUUAUUAUUAUUAUUUUUAUUAUUAUUUUUAUUAGUGACAAUAUUCUAUUUAUAGUGUAAUAUUCAAUGCAAACAAUUUUAUAAUUGUUUCUAUACGAUAUAUGUAAACUUAGCUUAUUCACUGUGACACUUCACUUGAAGAAACCUUAUCAUCGUUGGCUCGCUUUUAAAUAAACAAAUUUCUGUCAAAAAA